AUAUAUUAUUUAUUCUAAAGUAACUAGCAUGUUUGUAAUUUUAAACAGGUUAGGUUAACUUAACUUAGGAAAGCUUCGCAGAUGCAUAAAAUACUAGAGUUUCAAGCUGUGGUGUUAGCAGCAGGGAGAGGUUCCCGCAUGCCUGAUGUUGGAGGAACAGUUUCGAAAUGUCUGCUACCAGUUGGACCAUAUCCAGUCAUUUGGUAUUCAUUAAAUAUGCUUGAAAGAUAUGGAUUUCAAGACACUAUGGUAGUGGUUCUCGACGAGGACAAGUCAAACAUCUUAAAUGCAUUAGAAAAGUGUCCCUUAAAAAUUAAGUAUGAACUAAUAGUUAUUCCAUCAGAUGAGGACUGGGGUACUGCAAACUCCCUAAAACAUAUAAGUAGUCGAGUGACUACAGAUCUAAUAGUUAUAUCUGGAGAUCUUAUUACUAAUAUUAAUUUAAAUGAAGUUGUAAAUCUUUAUCGUAAACAUGAUGCAGCCCUUGCUACCUUAUUCUUUAACAAUGGACCAGAAGAAUGGAUUGAACUGCCAGGCUUGAAAAGUAAAGCCAAACCAGAUAGAGAUCUAGUUUGCAUUGAUAAAGAAACAGAAAGACUUGUCUUUCUAGCGAGCGCCAGUGACUUUGAAGAAAAUGUAAAAAUACCUCGUGUGCUCUUAAAAAAAUUCGGAUCCAUUAGCUUGUUUAGUAGAUUAUUAGAUGCACAUGUAUAUGUUAUGAAAAACUGGCUUAUAAGCUACCUCGUUGAGUCAGAUAAAUUUACUUCUAUUAAAGGAGAACUAAUACCACACAUAGUCAGAAAACAACUCUCUAGACCUAAAAAUCCACUGGAAAAAAAAGGAAUGUCUGAAAAGAAUGUUGAUAUUUGUAAAGAUGUUUUUGAUUUUGCCAUUGACAAAGGAUACGAAAGUAAAAUAAGACAAAUGUCUGCAUAUAACGAUCAUAAACUUGGUAGUAAAGGAGUUUACUACAAUGAUACAUUGAGAUGUUAUGCUUUGAUUCCUGAUAAAAAUACUUUUGGUAUCAGAGUCAACACUUUAGCCUCAUUUUAUUUAUCUAAUAGCAAGAUACUCUCGAAAUGGGUAGAGGUAACGGGUACAGUUCUCUCAGAUAGAAUAAAUCUUAACAGUGAAGUGAAAACUAAACAAAUUGAUGAAGCAAGUACUGUGGGAGAGAAAAGUGUUAUUGCUGAGAAGACUUCCAUAAAAUGUACAUUUGUUGGAGCAAAUUGUGUAAUUGAAAACAAAGUUAGAUUAACUAAUUGUAUUUUAAUGAACAAUGUCACUAUAAAGGAAGGGUGUGUACUUCAAGAUUGUGUUGUCUAUACUGGAGCAACUGUAGACACAGGUUGCAACCUCCAGUAUUGCCUCAUUGGUCCUCAUCAUGUUGUGCCAUCUUCUACUUCUGGAAAACAUCAACUAUUUGCCGAAACAACUGAUAAUAUGAUUACGCUGGGAUAAGUUUAACAAAUCAAAAAAUAUUUUAUAUUU